UGACAUUCUUGUUUGAACUUUGAACCCGUAAAAGCGGAAAACCAAACACACCCCUAGAUAAAAGGGAAAACAAAACAAAAAAAGCACUCAACACACACAAAAUGAACAAUAAGAGUAUUUGAGAAGGCGCCCAAAACAAGUGUCACUCAAUUUCAACUGCGAAUGACCCUUUGAUCCUUUCUUUUUUGUGUUGUUUGGUUUCAAAUGGACCUUCGUCCCAGACAGAGGCAACCAUUCUCUGGUUUUACAGAAAAUGAGAUUGAGAAAAUGGAAAACUUACUUGAGCAAUCAGGAGAAAAAGUUUUUGACCAAAAAUUCUGCAAGAAAUUGGCGCAGGAUUUCAGCCACUCUAAAGGUCGUGCAGGAAAACCGAUCGUGAAAUGGACCGAGGUACAAACUUGGUUCCAGAACAGGCAGAAAAGCUGUCUCUCAAACGAUAAUUCAGCAGAGGCCAACAGGAAACUGCCUGAUAUGACAGAAGAAUGUGCUUUAGAUGAAGCAAAUCAAAAAUGUCAUAUGCCUGAAGUUCUUUUGUCAGAAAACUGCACUCAUAUAAUCCGACAAAUUCUUCCAGGUAAAAAGGUUCCAGAUCUGUCAGACAUAGAAUUUGAGGCUCGGUCUUCAGUAGAUGGGGCAUGGUAUGACGUUGAUACAUUUAUCUCGCACCGGUUUCUUAGCUCAGGAGAACCUGAAGUUCUUGUGAGAUAUGUGGGAUUUGGAUCAGAGGAGGACGAGUGGGUAAACGUAAGAAAGUCGGUCCGCGAACGAUCUGUACAUCUUGAAAAUUCAGAAUGUAACAAAGUCAGGGUUGGGGAUCCUGUUUUGUGCUUCCAGGAGAGUAAGGACGACGCUAGUUAUGUUGAAGCUCGUAUUCUAGAAAUUCAAAAGAAAUUUCAUGACAUAAGGGGCUGCAGAUGUCUCUUUGUGAUUCAAUAUGAUCAUGAUAACACAGAGGAAACUGUUCAUCUGAGGAGAUUAUGUUUCCGGCCAAGCAUAUUAGUGCGUCUGUGACAGAUUUAGUUUUGAGUAUGUUCGUUGCAGCCCACAUAUUUUGCCUUUCGACGUUGCACAGAUUUCUACCUUCAUUUGGCCAGUAGGUUUAGAUGCAGCUUAUUUUUGCUUCUUGUGGCCAUAAUUAAUUAGACCAAUAUGCUAAAUGCAUACUUCUGCUGACAAUCAUAUGCCUAUUAUUUCAUAUAUCUGUGUUCUGGUGGUCGAACAAUUGUAUGUGUCAAAAACGAUUCGUAGAACACUGUCAGGUGCAAUUUCUGCUCAGUGCAGUUGCAAAUUUUGGAAGAAAUGAUUCGAAUAUAUAGAAGUGUCUUCUUGCAAGAUGUGUAUUGCACUUCUUUUUGUUCGAAUUACUAGGAACUACUUGUAUUAGAACUACUACGGAUUGUAAUAAUUUUAGGUUCAAUACUGAGUGCUUAGACCAGCA